AUGCCUUCUGCCUGGACGACCGUCCCCCUCAACUCCCCCGAUUUUGCCCCUCUCGGCAACCUCGUCAACCCCAAACCCUCCUCAGACGGCUCCGAGCUCCGCCUCAACACAGGCAACGGGACAGACUGGUGGCGCGUCCCAUUCCCUGCUCCGGGGCGGGACGAUACCUCUGGGGGGGUAUGGGGCUUUAAGAGGAAGAUUGGGAAAGAGGGGUUUGAGGUUCGGUGUGAGCUUCAAGUUGACGCGGGGUCGAAACAGCAGUUCGACCAAGCUGCUUUGCUAAUUCAGCUUUCGCCUACUGAGUGGGCCAAGACCGGUGCCGAGUUCGACCACGGAAAGAUGUGGUACGGUGCCGUUGUGUGCAACCCGUUCUCUGACUGGUCUAUACAGCCCAAAUCAGACCUGACCCGCUUCACCUUCUCCCUCGACCCCACCCUGACCACUCUCCGAAUCUACCUCGGACCCGGCUCCUCGUCACCCUCCUCUGCAGAGGACGGCGACAUCAUGAUCCGCGAAGUCAAGUCGUUCGGUCUCAUCUCGGCCGGCCUCGCGCAUAUCACACCAGGUAGCGUCCCCGAGGAUACCGACCCCGCUGCGAAGCUCGCGGAUAUGGAGGUGACGGUGGGCGUGAUGGCGUGCAGUCCGAUUGGGAAGGGCGAGGGGCCCGAAUGCGUGUUUAGGCGGUUUGAGAUGAGGGAUGGAGUAAGGAGUGAGGCAUGA